UAUAGAUUAAUGUAGUUCGCGACUUUCUUUCAGUGAGAUCAAUUGUUAAGAUAUUGUCAUUAUAUUAUUGUUAAUUUAGGAAUUAUAUAGUUACGAAAAAAGAAAUACAAUUAUGCCUACUUAUGAAAUGCCUCUAUUGUUGCGAAUCAUGAAAAAGCCGGAAAUGGUAGCAGCCUUAAAGAGAACAGCUGAAACAAUAUUUAAUACUGGUGGUUUUAUCAGAAAAAUAGAAAAUUGUGGAGUGAUACCACUUCCAUGCAAAACUAAUACACAUGGCCAUGUUCAUCGUGAAGCUAACCAUUUUUUUAUAUAUUUUGAUGUACCACCAGAAGAAGUAGAUAAAAUCUUAGAUAAAUAUAACAGAGAUAUUGAUAUUGUUAAAUUAAGCAUAUUCAAACAACAGAAACUACCUGACAAAAAAUGUACGUUUCAUCAAGAGAUGUUACCACCACCUUAUAGGCCUAGUGUCCAGAAACUUAUGGAAAAAGCAAAGAAGCAGAAUUAUAAUAAACGCGAAUUUAAAUACAACAGUGGAUUGGAUUAUUAUCCUUUUAAUAAAUAAUUGAAUGUUUAGAUGUUGUAUUUCUUUUAUUGUAAUAUAU